AUGUACACGUACGACGAGGCCUUCACUUACUACAGAUCUCUGAGAUAUAAACCUGAGGUGAUCAACGCCUACUGGGACCACGAGAUGUUGCCUGCCAAGACGGCCAAGCGUGUACCGGCCGCCAAGGCACCGAGGGCAGCAAAGGCAGCACCAGAAGCCAAAAGCAAGGCGAAGCCGAAGGAAAAGCCGAAGGCCAAGGCUAAGGCUACACCGGAGCCCAAAGCCAAAGGGAAGGCGAAAGCCAAGGCAAAAGCAAAAACCAAGGUUGCAGGUCCUGCAAAUCCAAAGAGAUUCAUCAAUGACGAGGGCAGCAUUGUUCAGGAUUCUGUGGACGGUCUCAUUUGGUCCACGGAAAACUUGGCUCGGUUGGACGGUUAUCCCGACAUUAAGGUGGUCUAUCGCACAGAUUGGAGCAAGGACAAGGUGGCCCUGAUUUCGGGUGGGGGAGCUGGUCAUGAGCCCAUGCACGGUGGCUUUGUGGGACAAGGACUUCUGACGGCUGCCAUCAGCGGUGAGACCUUUGCCUCGCCAUCCAUUGAUGCAGUGCUGGCAGCCAUUGUUCAAGUGACUGGCCCCAAGGGCUGCUUGCUGGUCAUCAAGAACUACACUGGUGAUCGUCUGAACUUCACCUUGGCCGCACAAAAGGCACGUUCGAUUUAUGGUCUGCAAGUGGAGACAGUCAUCGUGAAGGACGAUGUCGCCACCUCGGCGGAGCGAGGGAUUUGCGGAACGCUCUUCGUGCACAAGGUAGCAGGCGCUAUGUCCGAAGAGGGCAAGAGCCUCGCAGACAUCAAAACUCAAGUGGAACAGGUCAUCCGCGACUCCGUGAGCUUGGGCGUGUCCAUGUCGGUGGUGCGACGCUUGAAGGCCGAAUCCAUUGGGCUCAAGAAGAUGGAGGUGGGUCUCGGAAUCCACGGUGAGCCAGGGGCAAGGACGGAGGCCAUGGCUUCGGCCAAGGCCAUCGUGGAAAUGCUGAUGGAGGGCCUGGCGCAAGGGCGCAGCAGCAAAGGGCUGCCGGAGCCGACGGAUGGUCUCAUUUGCAUGAUCAACAACUUAGGCGGAGUGCCGCCGCAAGAGAUGUGCAUAUUGGUGGCUGAGCUGAUGAGAUCCAAGUGGGGAAGCUCUGUGAAGCUGCUGAUUGGUCCUGCCUUUCUCUGCACAUCCUUGGAGACCUGGAAUCGAAGGAUGGUUCAACCUGGUGAGCAAUGGUGGCCUGUCACGGUCCGCUUGGGACUCUUGGCUCGGUUUCUGAAAUCGAUGGGUUCGGAUUUCAGGCAGAGGCUAGGCUAUAGACCAACCCGGCAAGUUGGAAUCUGGUCAGCAACAGCCUCUGAGCUUCAUGUGACCAGGGACUUGGCAGCGGAACGUCCCGACAGCAGCCUGUUGCAUCGCUCAUGUCCCUGGGGAGGGCACUUGGUUCGACUAGAUCUGCGCAACAUCCGAGUGAUGGGAGCACCUGAAAUCGCUAGCAACGUGCUGGUGCGCCCGGAGGUUCGAAGUCGCUAUUCUGGAGUGCUGGAGAAGGGCGUCUAUCGUGAUGUGAUGAGUAGCGAAAUUUUGAAGACCUUCAAUCCUGGGGAUGCCUUGAUCGAGCAGUUCUACACCAUGCCGGCCUUACGUCUACCGGCGUUGCUUUUUGGUGACUUCUCAGUUCUUGAGAGUCUAUACGGCCCGUCGUCUCGUGGAUUCCUUGGACGCCAAAAGCUCCGAAGAGAUUUCCCGGAGCAGGGCCAUAGCACUUACAUCUUUGAAGACCGAUUUGGAAGGGCCCAGGAAUAUCUCCUGACUGCUCGGAGAGAACAUCAGAGUCAGAACAUCUUCCAUUUUGUAUGCAUCUUCAGCACGCCCGAAGACAAGUGGUAUGACUGGUUCUCCCCGUUUUUCUUCCUUCUGAUGGAUGAGGCGCAUCGGGUGGUGCAAGGCUACAUGAACCGCCCAGGAAUCCAGGAGUUACGCCAAGCAGAUGAACAAUUCUACAUUACCCUGGCUUUGCGCAACUUCAAUCGUGGGCCUCCCUUGCUGCCAUCGGAUGAGUAG